AUUGAUGGAAAAUAUACAAGCCUUAUAUAUAUGCAAGAGCUGCCAGGUGAAGUGGUUAAGGUAUUCCGAACUAUAGUCGAAGAUUACAUCGAUGAAGAUAAUGAUAAAGACUACCACCUUGUCAAUCAAAUGUGGAAACCCUUACAAAACAGCUAUCUGAAUAUACUUGACCUCGAAACAGAUAAUGGUGCAAUAGGAACCAUAGAUAUUAAUAAAACAUAUCAAAUUGAUGAAUUCUAUUGGGAUAAUAACGAAUUGGUGUUUGAAGAAAGUGAAGACUAG